AUGGUUAGCUUUAAUUUAUAUUUUUAUCCGCUUCUUUUCCUGGUUGUAAAUAGUAAUGAUUCCGAUUCCUGCCGCUUUUCAUUGUGAUUCUUCUCUUCCUAAAUUAUUGAUUUUUGUUGCAUUUGUUGCAUAUCUGUUGUUUAUUUCAACUCGGGCUAAAAAAUCUGAAACAGUUUCUAAUCUAUUUCCCUUACCAAUCGUGAUUUCUCAACGAUUCGAUAUCUUACUGAAAAGAAAUUAUGUACUUUCAAAAGAAAUUUCAGCUAAAAAUGGGCAAAACGACGGCAACUGGCACCAAACAACCGCAAUUCCCGAGCGAUGAGAUCGUUAUGCAAGAGGAAGUUGUGCUGAAUGUGAGCAAUUUCAGCCAGUUCUUCAACUUCGAUCGAUCCACUUUCAGACGUACGAUGAGUGCACGGAUUACAUCGAAUACGACGACACGCAAGAUUUUGACAUCAAACAGUACUGCGAGCACAUUCAGGUGGCGAUGGUGAACGAGAGCGAGGACGGAAUGACACUCGAGUUUGACGUGACGCGCAUCGAGGCGCCGAUCGCCAACGCGCUCCGUCGUGUGCUCAUCGCCGAGGUGCCGACGAUGGCGCUCGAGAAGAUCUAUCUGUACCAGAAUACGUCGGUGAUCCAGGACGAGGUGCUGUGCCAUCGACUCGGACUGCUUCCGCUUCGUGUCGAUCCGCGGCCGUUCCUGUUUCCGAAGGAGAAAGUGGUGGGGAUCAACGAGAAGGGAGUGGAUUGCGACGAGGAGCCUGCUGGAGACCCGUCCAGAAAUCUGAUUUUCAAGAUUAACGUGUCGUGCACGAAGAACCGCAACGCCGUGCCGACCGCCACCGAUCCGAAACAACUCUACCACCACAGCUCCGUCUACACGCGCUCGUUCCAAUGGAUUCCGAUCGGAGAGCAAGAGAAGCAGUACCCGAAGAAAUCGACGCCCACGAUGGUGUCCGACGACAUUCUCAUCGCGAAACUCCGCCCCGGACAGGAGAUCGAGGCGAACUGCCACGCGGUCAAGGGAAUCGGCAGAGAUCACGCCAAGUUCUCGCCGGUCGCCACGGCUUCUUAUAGGUUUGUGAGCUGACAGAUCGUAGAGAAAGAAUCAAUCAAUUUCAGACUGCUUCCGACGAUCCGUCUGAAUGCGGAGAUUUCCGGCGAAGCUGCGGAACGUCUGCAGUCGGUGUUCAGCGAGGGAGUCAUCGGAAUCGAGAGACGCGGAGCGAAACGGAUCGCCGUCGUGAAGGACGCUCGGAAAGACACGUGCAGUCGCAACGUCUUCCGCCACGAAGAUCUCGCGCAGGUCGUGCAGCUCGGAAAGAACAAGCAGCACUUUAUCUGUAAGCAGUUCAUCUUGGUACUGUUCCGAAUUCGUCGUUUUCAGUCAGCGUCGAGUCCACGGGAGCCCUCAAAUCGUCGGAAUUGGUGGUCGAGGCGUGCAAAGUGAUGGAGUCCAAGUGCCGUUCGCUCCGCAAGCAAAUCCAGCAGCUUAUCCACUGA